CCUGUCUCAAUUUUGGUAACAUUUUUGUCUGAAAAGCAAAUGAUGUCUCAUCAACCUCUACAAGAACAAACCCCACAACAACAACAACACCAUCUUCGACCAAACAAACCCCCCAAAAAUACCAUGGAAGAUGUUUGGAAAGACAUCAACCUCCCUUCCUUAACCAACCACAUGAGUAACACAGUCUCUUCUCCCUCCUUAAUGACACCAUCUUCUCUUCACUCCACCAUCAACCUUAACUCUCUACCCGAGUUUCAUUUCGACCCUCUUGCACACAAUGACUUGCAACUAGAGCAAAAUCACCACCACACUACUACUCUCUCAAAGGUUGAAGCAUUAUUAAGCAACUCAAUAGAGAGACGACAUAAGCGAAUAAUGAAGAAUAGAGAAUCUGCUGCACGAUCAAGAGCUAGAAAACAGGCUUAUAUAUUUGAGUUGAAGAAAAAAGUCAAGAGCUUGGAAGAAGAGAAUGCCAGACUUAAAAGACAGCAACAUGUUUGUUUUCUCCUCUCUCCUUGUUACUACUGUGUGAUACCGCAAGCAAUCAUAAGCAAAAGAGGAAGGGAAAUCUGUAUCGAACAUCAACAGCUCCAUUUUAAGAACUACUAUUUAUAGGAGCUAUCUACUUCUGAAGCCUAAAAUGUAACCCUUUCAAGAAUGAAUCAUGAUGUUGUAACAUGUAAUGUAACAGACUUGUAUAUCCUUAGUUAUUUAUUGGCUUCCUGCAGUGUGGUCACUGUC